AUGCCGAGCUCGAACGACUACGACGUGAGGCCAUUCCCUCAUCGAAUGAAUUGGCUACGGCUGGGGAUGAGAGCUCCUCAGGCGACAGACCAGCUGCCACGAGUAGAAGCCGCCAUGGAUCUUCCAGUUGUGGGUGAUUCAGACGAUGAUGAAAUGGUCUCCCACGAACUAGAGCAAAUGAGGAGUAUAUUGGAAGAGGCGAUUUUAGAAACGCGCAGCAUGCCUCUCGAAAAUCGACCGCGACUUCCCCGCAUACCCCUAAGCAAGCGAAAUCGGGCUGUCGUGAGGGCUCUUAACCCAAUGCUGGUAACCUAUUUGGAAGCCAGCCGGGACCUUUGCGAGACGGACUCAGUUCUUUUUGGCGCCGCAGUGGCAGCUUGCCGUAUUAUUGGCGCCAAACUUCCCAUGGCUGGACGCGCUACUAAACAAAGUAGCGCCAUCCCAGCCUGGAGAAAAAGAAUUGAGGACCGUAUCGCAAAGGCAAGAGCCCUUAUCGGCAGACUGAUAAGCUUCAGGUCGGGUAAUAAUAGACCGAGGGUUGUGCGCACCGUUAGAAUGGCGUUUGCUGGGACAAAUAUCAGUUUGUCCCAGCCGGAUAUCACGCAGAAACUAACGGAGCGCAUAGACGACCUGAAGCAAAAGAUUGCCGCUUGGGGGAAGCGGAUUCGCCGAUUUACCGAGAGGUCAAGGCGGUUCAACCAGAAUCGUCUCUUCCAGAGUGAUCAGAAGAGGCUCUACAAAUCAUUGGAGCGACCAGAGGUAUGUGGAGCGGGCCCAGGACCGGAUCAGGCUAACACUGUCGCAUUUUGGCGUGGCCUGUGGUCAGAGCCCGUAAACCACAGCGAGGGCCCUUGGACGGAAGUUGUGGCGAGUCAGUGUGCGAGUAUUACGCCUAUGGACCCCAUCACCAUAACGCCGGAAGACGUGGCUGAGGCGGUCCGUAGGGCCCCGAACUGGAAAAGUCCGGGACUCGACGGGCUGUAUCACUACUGGCUGAAGGGGUUCAUGGUGUGUCACGCUGUGCUCGCCCGUCAGUUUCAAGAGGCUCUCGACCAGAAAUCGCUCCCUAGCCUCUUCACUUCUGGGAUCACUCAUUUGGUUCCUAAAGACCAGAUGAUGGAAUUAAAUAGAACGCGCAAAGGGCCGCUGCCUGGAGGUCGCCAGGGCGCGUCUGGAGCUGGCGCUGGACGCAGCAGCGUGCGAACCGCCAGCCGAGCGCGAGGUGCUGCACGACCACCCAGCAGCCCCUCGCAUCCAUCAUCCCCACCAGCUGGCUUGGUGUCGGCAGGGUCUUCGCGGGCCCAGCAAUUGGCACCCGCCUCUGGUGGAGUACGCCGCAUGCGUUGGACAACCCAGAUGAACAGCAACGCAUUGCGGGCGUAUUUUAGGGCGAAAGGGGGAGAAACUGGAUGUUGGGCGUAUCGGGCUAGGAUGCAUCGUCUUUUUGCUGAGCUGGAGCCAUCUUUAACCGUCACAGAGCAAAACCUGUCAGACCGAGUUCGGUAUAUCUUGCGCUCAAAUAUAUUUGAUGUCGCCGAACUCGAACGGCUACGACGUGAGGCUGUUCCCUCGUCGGAUGAGAAUGCUACGGCUGAGGAUGCGGCGCAACAAAUGGUAAAGCAACCGGCAAACGUGGAUGCCGCCGUGAAUACCCCAGUUUUGGUUGAUUCAAGCGAUGAUGGAACAGUCACCCAGGAACUGGAAUUAGAGCAUAUGAGGAGUACAUUGGAAGAGGCGAUUGUGGAAACGCGCAGUAGGCCUCUCGAAAAUCGACCGCGACUUCCCCGCAUAGCCCUAAGCAAGCGGAAUCGGGCUGUCGUGAGGGCUCUGAACCCAAUGCUGGUGACCUAUUUGGAAGCCAGCCGGGACCUUUGCGAGACGGACUCAAUUCUUUUUGGCGCCGAGCUGGCAGUCUGCCGUAUCAUAGGCGCCAAAGUUUCCACGGCUGGACGCGCUACUGGCCAUAGUAGCGCUAUCCCAGCAUGGAGAAGAAGAAUUGAGGAACGUAUCGCAAAGGCUAGAGCUCUCAUCGGCAGACUGAUAUGCUUCAGAUCAGGCAACAACAGGCCAAGAAUUGUUCGCACCGUCAGGAUGGCGUUUGCUGGGACAAAUGUCAGUUUGUCCCAGCCGGAUAUAACGCAAAAACUGACGGAGCGCAUAGAUGAUCUGAAGCAGAGAAUCGCUGCUUGGGGAAAGAGGAUUCGGCGAUAUACCGACAGGUCGACACGGUUCAACCAGAAUCGUCUCUUCCAGAGUGAUCAGAAGAGGCUCUAUGAAUCAUUGGAGCGACCAAUGGUAAGUGGAACGGGUCCAGCACCGAAUCAGGCCGACACUGUAGCAUUCUGGCGCGGCCUGUGGUCAGAGCCCGUAAACCACAGCGAGGGCCCUUGGGCGGAAGUUGUGGCGAGUCAGUGUGCGGGUAUUACGCCCAUGGACCCCGUCAUCAUAACGCCGGAUGACGUAGCUGAGGCGGUCCGUAGGGCCCCGAACUGGAAAAGUCCGGGGCUUGACGGGCUGCAUCACUACUGGCUGAAGGGGUUCAUGGUGUGUCACUCUGUGCUCGCCCGACAGUUUCAAGAGGCUCUCAACCAGAAGUCGCUCCCAAGCCUCUUCACUACUGGGAUCACUCAUUUGGUUCCUAAAGACCAGGGUACCACAGACCCGAGCAAAUACCGCCCCAUCACGGCGAAAGGGGAAGAAACUGUGGGAAUAGCGUAUAGGGCUCGGAUGCAUUGCUUUUUUGCUGAGCUGGAGCCUUCUAUCCCCGUCACGGAACAAAACCUGGCAGACCGAGUUCGGUACAUCAUGCGCUCGAAAAUAUUUGAUGAUGCCGAACUCGAACGACUACGACGUGAGGCUAUUCCAUCGUCGAAUGAAUCGGCUAUGGCUGGAGAAGCAGCACCACAUUCGACAGACCAGCAUCCACACGUGGAAGCCGCCAUGGAACUUCCAGUUGUGGUUGAUUCGAACGACGAUGAAAUAGUCUCCCACGAACUAGAGCAAAUGAGGAGUAUAUUGGUAGAGGCGAUUUUGGAAACGCGCAGCACCCCACUCGAAAAUCAAGCAAGCAAGCGAAAUCGGGCUGUUGUGAAGGCUCUUAACCCAAUGCUGGUGACCUAUUUGGAAGCCAGCCGGGACCUUUGCGAGACGGACUCAAUUCUCUUUGGCGCCGCAGUGGCAGUUUGCCGUAUUAUUGGCGCCAAACUUCCCAUGGCUGGACGCGCUACUACACAAAGUAGCGCCAUCCCACCCUGGAGAAAAAGAAUCGAGGACCUAAUCGCAAAGGCAAGGGCCCUUAUCGGCAGACUAACAAGCUUCAGGUUGGGUAAUAAUAGACCGAGGAUUGUGCGCACCGUUAGGGUGGCGUUUGCUGGGACAAAUAUCAGUUUGUCCCAGCCGGAUAUCACGCAGAAACUAACGGAGCGCAUAGACGACCUGAAGCAGAGAAUCGCUGCUUGGGGAAAGCGAAUUCGGCGAUAUACCGAGAGGUCGACACGGUUCAACCAGAAUCUUCUCUUCCAGAGUGAUCAAAAGAGGCUUUAUAAAUCAUUGGAGCGACCAAAGGUAUGUGGAGCGGGCCAAGGACCGGAUCAGGCUGACAUUAUCGCAUUCUGGCGUGGCCUGUGGUCAGAGCCCGUAAACCACAGCGAGGGCCCUUGGAUGGAUGUUGUGGCGUGCCAGGGUGCGAGUGUUAUGCCUAUGGACCCCAUCAACAUAACGCCGGAAGACGUGGCUGAGGCGGUCCGUAGGGCCCCGAACUGGAAAAGUCCAGGACUCGACGGGCUGCAUCACUACUGGCUGAAGGGGUUCGUGGUGUGUCACACUGUGCUCGCCCGUCAGUUUCAAGAGGCUCUCGACCAGAAGUCACUCCCUAGCCUCUUCACUUCUGGGAUCACUCAUUUGGUUCCUAAAGACCAGUCUUGA